CCAUUACUUGCUGUAACUUCUAUAUGUAAAGAAUGUGCUUCAACACCGUUGUGUGCUUCGAUCGUGGGCAAUGAUAGAUAGGUUGCCCAGUAUAGUACCCCUCAUGUGUACAGUGUACCUCCGUGUUGUAUUGAUAUCAAUAUAGCUUAUCUAGUAUUUGUUAGAAGCUUUACUCAAGAAUGGAGUAGAAACAACUGUGAACUGCGCGCGGUAAAGGGUCUAUUCUAUACGGAGUGUAUAGUUGUUGUAUAUCUACAGAGGAUUUAAUAUCUACCUUGAUAGUACAAUGGCUCCUAGUGAAUGUGUCCAAGAAGGUAGAUUUCUUUGAUGCGCCACUGCAACGUGGAAAUUAUUUUUUUCCACCUGCUGCUAAUUUAUACAAUACUCAACUGUUAGCACACUAAUUCACUGUAACUUAUCCAUCUAAAAUACAAAUCUACUUUACAUAGACUCUAUCAAAAUGCAGGACUCGACAUUUAUGGCCAUGUGCAAUACCGCCGAUAUAAUGCGGUGGUGGAUAGCAUUAGGAAUUAAACCACGACAGGAGUACACCGCAUUCCUCAAUAUGAAACCAACAGAUAUGGUAAAACAAAUAGACGAAGUACGAAGACAAGCUGCAUUGCAGAUGGGAAACAUCGAUUCUCGAGCUAUGAACUCAUUCAACAGACAUGAAUGGAUUACGAAACUAGCUAGAACUAAACGAGUAAUAACAAAUAUUGACGGAGAAACAUCAUCUACUUCGUAAGUAAAGCUAUGAACUUGGGGACACAUUGAC